CGCACCAAUUUUCUUCAAAAAAGUUUCCAUCUUUGUGAAAUUUUUGAAGAACCCAAUCGACCCAAUUGGCCAAAAUCAGCAAAUCUUGAGCCAAAAUCUUCAAAUUUCUUCCACAAAUGAAGAUUCUAAUCUCAGCUUCUCUGCUCUCUGCCAUGGUGUUGUACUCUUCUCUCCUCCCUUUUCUCCACUCUCUCAACCUCUACAUCUCUGCAACUAUCCAUAAAAACUACAUCUUUUUGCUCUGCAAUGGCCUCCUCGUCUUCAUUGUCAGAAAUUCCGGCCUCAUCGGCGGCUCCGGCGAGGAACAGGGCGGCGGAGGCAAAGUUGAGAGCAAAGUUGAAGAUGGAGAAGAGAGGGAAAAUGGGUUGGUUGCAGAACAAGAAGAGAGUGAAAAAUUGAUAACAGAGGAUGAAGAACAUGAAGAAGAAGAAGAAGAAGAAGAAGAAGAUGGGGGUUUGAGCAAUGAGGAAUUGAACCAAAAAUGUGAAGAAUUUAUUAGGAAAAUGAAGGCAGAAAUCAAAUUUGAAUUACAGCAAGUGCUUGUUUAUUAAUUGACUUGUAAAUUUUAGUUUCCCCUCUGUUUGAGGGGUAUAGAAAUAAUUUUACCUGCCAAAUUUUUCAGA